AUGUCCUGGGCCCCUCCUCGCCACACGCGCGCUGGGGGACGCGUCUACCUCGUAGCUCUCGUGCCCGCUCCACGCGUUGAGUCCCUAGGCACUGCCGCCAGUCACAGCAGACACAACCCAAGCCGCCCUCACCUCCUUCACCCUGCCACGCUGGGCCAAGCCUGGGACAUUACCGUUUCCCCUCCUCUCCCGCCUCUCCGGCUUUGCGCGUCGCCGCCUGGUUUCCCCUGGUUUCCUGAGGCUGCUUCACAGGGCACUCGCCGGCCCCGAGGAGCCUGCAGGGGCUGGAGCCUGCAGGGGCUGGAGCAGCACGCCGCCUCACAGGCUGAGAUGGGGAGAUUAGGCAUCCUGCCUCUGAGCCAGCUGCUGUGGGGCCCGAGGCACUGGGGCACAGGUGCCCAGACUGACUCCAUCCCCGUGUCUACCUCCCUCCUCGGAGACACUUCCGACACGACCUCUACUGGCCUUGCCCAGCGCCUAGGGCUCAGAGGGAAGACUGGCCUGGCCUGUGAGUGUGGCGUAGAGUGGGGAUUAAGCAAAGGUCAUGAGGUUGAAGGCUCCACGCCUCCCACACCCCAACAUAUUUCCUGUGGGCCAGCCAGGAAGACCAACAAACAGGUGUUUGUCAGCUAUAACCUCCAGAACACAGACAGUAACUUCGCAUUACUUGUAGAAAACAGGAUCAAGGAAGAGAUGGAGGCUUUUCCUGAAAAGUUCUAGCUGAGUGGCAGAAGUGAGAAUUUGUUAACUUAUGUACAAUGUACAUGUAAAUAAAUGGAUUGAAUUUCA